GGUGAAGAGUCACCAUCCCUUUCAUUUAUUCUGAUUGGAGGUUUAACAGCAUCAAGUCAAAACAAAGAAUUUUCAUUCUUUUAUUACCUCCCCUCCCCCAUCAAUUUAUUUUACCCAGCGUCAGACCAGCCACGGGACUCAACGGUAUAUUCCUGGAAAGCAAGGUGUUGUAAUGGCAACCUCAAUCUGUUUGACGCUUUGGGUGUUACUCAUAGCAGAUACUGUGUGGACACAGAGUGUGAGACAGGCCUAUGAGGUACAGGACCCAGAGGACUGGGAUGUGCAUGAUGAUUUCUAUUGUCCUAGGGAAUGUUUUUGUCCACCUAGUUUCCCUACUGCCUUAUACUGUGAGAACAGAGGUCUCAGAGAAAUCCCUGCUAUUCCUUCAAGGAUCUGGUACCUCUACCUGGAAAACAACCAGAUAGAAACCAUACCCGAGAAACCAUUUGAGAACGCCACCCAGCUAAGAUGGAUCAAUUUAAACAAGAACAAAAUAACCAACUACGGCAUUGAGAAGGGGGCUCUAAGCCAGCUGAAGAAACUUCUUUUCCUGUUUCUAGAAGACAAUGAGCUAGAUGAGGUACCUUCUCCAUUGCCAAGAAGUUUGGAACAGUUACAGUUAGCUAGAAACAAGGUAUCCAGAAUCCCUCAGGGGACCUUCAGUAAUCUGGAAAACCUGACCCUUCUUGACCUACAGCAUAACAAACUUAUAGAUAACGCUUUUCAAAGAGAUACCUUUAAGGGACUUAAGAACCUCAUGCAGCUAAACAUGGCCAAGAAUGCCCUGAGGAACAUGCCUCCAAGAUUACCAGCCAACACCAUGCAGCUGUUUCUGGACAACAACUCCAUUGAAGCAAUACCCGAAAAUUAUUUCAAUGUGAUUCCUAAAGUGGCCUUCCUGAGACUUAACCACAACAGACUGUCAGAUGCAGGCCUCCCGUCCAGAGGGUUUGAUGUGUCGUCAAUUCUGGAUCUCCAACUGUCUCACAACCAGCUCACAAACUUUCCCCGAAUUAACGCUAACCUGCAGCACCUUCACCUUGAUCACAACAAAAUUAAAAAUGUGAACAUCUCAGUAAUAUGUCCCACCACACUGCGUGCCGAACAGGAUGCCUUCAUUCAUGGACCUCAACUGAGCUACCUGCGCCUGGAUGGGAAUGAAAUCAAGCCACCAAUCCCAAUAGAUUUAGUGACAUGCUUCAAGCUUCUUCAGGCCUUCAUUAUAUAAACAGCCAUCAAAUCCAAACUGGAUUAAGAAUAGAUGUGUGUGGCAUGAAAUUUGAUUGUUUCUCCUAGGUUUAGGUCACAAGCCACAUUUACAAUUGUUCUUAACCACAAUUUUCAUCUGUGCAGCUUACUUUUUUUUCCAUUUGAAAAUGCUUUGGUCACUGGCAUGCAGCUGCUGCUUGUUUGUAUUAAUUUGCUUUCCUCUGAUUAACUAAAUAGACACAGAGUUGAGUUCACUUCUCAACUCAAAGCUAUUUUUGUCUGUUGGCUACUAUUACUAAUAUCAAGUAAUUUUUAUUGUUACAUAUUCUAAGUGAUUUACUUGUCUAUGACCAAAUAUAUGUGUGUACUGGUUGUGUACAUAUAAGCACAACAAUGAGACAGCUCUAGGAAGUGCUGAA